AUGUGGGGCGACUGCUCCGUCGGCCCGGUCUUGCGCCAGCGCCUCGUCGGCGCCGGCCUACAGGCGCCGACCGCCAUCCAGUCUGCCGCCUUCGGUCCGCUCUCGCGCGGCUCCAACGGGCUCCUCUCGGCGCAGACGGGCGCGGGCAAGACGCUCGCCUUC